CCCAGGACCCACUCUACAUCGAACUCCGUUCAACGCCCAGCGCGUAACUUAUCAAGGUCAGCACUCGGUCCCAGCCCCGUCGCCGCUCGCGCGCCAGCGCCGUGCAUGCGGUAGGCGGGUCGUGGCCCCCUUUUUUUCCAGAGCACAGCUGACGCCCGCCGUUUCAACGACAACGACAAUAUUUUGUCUCUCCGUCCCCGUUCCCUCGUUCGACGCUCUCCUUCGCGACACCGUACGCGCAUUCGAUCCACGCGUGCCGUUGCUUUUCCUACCUUCUGCGUGCUGGUUUCUUCGCGUACGCGUUUCCUUCCCCGCUUCACCCGGCUUCACACAACAGCUCCAGCCUAGGAGUCGACCGCCAUGUCUGUGGUCUCCAAGAACCCCUUCGAGCUCCUCGACGACGGAGAGGACCGCGCUCCCUCGCCGGCCCCCAAGGGCGCCGCGAAGGUCGCUCCCACCGCCAAGCAGCCCAAGGUCGUCCCCGGCGCCGCCCAGAAGGGCGGCCGCGGUGCCCGUGCCCCCACUGCCCCGCGCGCGACCUACGCCGCCGGCGGCGGUGACGACGGGUUCGAGGGCGAGCGUGUCGCUCCCCCCAAGAAGGACCACCAGGGCCGUGACCGCCACACCAAGGGCCCUCGUGAGGACCGCUCGCACACCGGCCCGCGUUCGCGUGCGCCCGGCGCUGCUGGUGCCCGUGGCCCCAAGGGCGGCAACCGUGGCGGCCGUGGUGGUGCCGCCGGCGCCGCUGGCGCCGAGAAGAAGACUGGCGCCGCGCCCGCCGAGAACUGGACCAACGAGGAGGGCAAGGCCGAGCUGAGCGCCGAGACCCAGGGCGAGAAGGACGUCGCCGAGGAGGGCGCCGAGACCCCCGCCCCCGCCCAGGAGGAGGCCCAGGAGGAGGACAACUCCAAGACUCUUGACCAGUACCUUGCCGAGCGGGCGAACGCCGCUCUUGGCGGCCAGCUCGCUAAGAAGGAGGCCCGCCAGGUCUCGGACGACGUCGAGGGCAAGCAGUUUGAGCGUGAGGAGCUGGAGAACUUCUUCGGCGGCAGCAAGGCCUCCAAGGAGAAGAAGGAGCGUGCUCCCAAGAAGGAGAAGAUCCGCAUCGAGGUCGACGGCCAGUUCGCACAGCCCGCGCGCCCGCCCCGCGGGGACCGCCCUGAGCGCGGCGCGGCCCGUGGCGGCCGUGGCGGCAACCGUGGCCGCGGCGCCCCCCGGGGCGGUGCGGCCCGCGCCCCCCGCCAGGCCCCUGCCAACGUUGCGGACGAGAGCGCGUUCCCCGCCCUCGGCGCCUAGGCCUGGCCCGCCAUGCAGCGAGUUCUGUAGCUAGACUCGCGCACG